AUGAGUAUUCAGACCGACGAACGGGCGCUGGCUGUGAUGAACACGUUAGCGACGGCUCUUGUCGAACGAUACCAGCGCCUUUCGAACAUCGCAGACUUGGACAAGGCAUCUCGGCUAUGCCGAUCUGUCUCCGCACUGACAAAGAAAAACGAUAUCAACCAUUUUCAAUCGAUAGCAAAUCUCGUGGUCAUUCUGACUCUCACAUUCGAACAAACAAGCGACGUGGUUCAUCUAAAGGAUGCCGUUACGCUGUCCAAAAAAGCGUUGGACUGUGCGUCCCCCGAUCACUAUAUCAAAGCACUCAACAACUUCGCCGGUGUUACAUUCCACCUCGUCAAGCAAACAGGUCGCACAGAACUUCUCGACGAGGCAAGACAACACCUUUUGAACGCCAAAAAACGUGCCUCAUCGGCGACGAUCGAACCCGCUGAUGUCGCUGCAACAAUUUCUACCCUCUCGGUUAUACAUAAAACCGCGUUCGAGCUGCUCGGUAUCCUUGACGACUUGAACGAGGCCAUCAAAUUAUCACAGCAAUCCCUUGACCUUCGCCCCUCCGGGAGUCCAUCUCGGGAUAUAGCGCUCAAUAAUCACGCAACUAUUCUCAUCAUGCGUUACGAGAAAACCGGGGACCCUGAAGACCUCAGGCAAGCCAUAGAUACUUACGAGAGAACGCUCGCACUUCGCCCUGAAGGCCAUCCCAAUCGCUCUGUUUCUCUAGCCAAUCUUGCCGUUGCCAUCACUUCCCGAUUUCGUGCCCAGGGAUCUGCGGAUGAUAUGGACGGCGCGCUGGAGCUUCUCUACCAAUCGCUCGAACUUACUCCCGCUCCGCAUUCACGACGUCCUUACAGCCUCAUGAACAUCGCUGUUCUCCUGGUAUCACGGUAUCAUCAAUUUCAGGAAGCGCGCGACUUGGACGAAUGCGUGCGCCUUUUGGACCAGAUGGGCGAACUCUGCGGUGAAGGUCACAGCCUUCGUGUAGCUUAUCUCUCAAACCUCGGCUCUGCACUCGAGUUGCAGUAUAGACGUUCGAGCGAUCUGAUUUACUUGAAGCGCGGCAUACGAUGUUUGCGAGACGCUCUCCGCGUCUGCGGCCCUCGUGACAUCAACAAACCAACGCUUCUCCAGAACUUAGGACGCCAAUUACGAACCUUAUUCCAGAAAAAUACAGAUAUCAAUAUCCUGCAGGAAUCUACUCGCGUGCUAGAGGAUGCGCUCACCUUUUAUAGCACCGAACACCCACGCCGUCCUCUAGCUCUCCGUAAUCUAGCUAGAAAUUAUGCCAUACAAGGUUUUCGCACUGGAGACAAGGAUUGGGCAGUUCGUGCCAGGGACCUCCUGCUCGAGGCUCUGAGUCUUCGAGACGUGGGCUACCCCGACCGUGCCGAAGUCAUGCUUGAGAUCGUAGACCUCCAACUGAAAUUCAGACCUCCUGGAUUUCCCCGGGACUGCGGAAACGAAUUACUCGUGCAUGCGCUCAAGGAUGACGCGUGCAGUCCUCAGAUCCGGUUGCGACUGGUCAACGAACUUCUGCAACGAUUUCAUCCUCCGUCCGUCCUCGCCUUCUGCAACACGCGCGAUUCCCUCCAGCAACUCGUCGAUAUAUUUAGUCUCGCCACACAUCUGCUCCCUGAGGUGGCAUUUCUUGGACUAGACUCGCAGGCCAGGCUUACUGCGCUAGUGGGCACAGAAUCCCUUGGCUUGGAAGCGGCGGGCUAUGCUCUCUGUCUUCCGGACUGCGCACGUGCAGUAGAACUUCUUGAGCAAAGUCGGGCGAUAUUCUGGAGUCAAGCCCUGAAACUGCGGAGUCCUCUCGAUGACUUGCCAAAAGACCUGCGCGCCGAGAUAACCGAGGUUUGCCAGUGGCUUGAACGAGACUCCUUAACGUGGAGCCGCGAAAGCGAGGCAUCGGAGCCUCUAGCUACGCUGACGCAUAAAGCAGCGCUUCGCCGUCGGCAAAGCGAAAAGUUGAGCAACCUCUUCCUUCGCGCGCGAGAUAUUCCUGGACUGGAGAGGUUCAUGUUGCAUGAACGUUUUGAUUCUCUCGCGAGGGCCGCUUCAUCUGGCCCGAUCAUUAUCCUUCUUGCGAACAAGGUGGCGUGCUCGGGCAUCAUGAUCAAGCCGUCCGGUCAAGCGGUCCAUGUGCCGCUGCCUCAAGUCACCAUUGAACGCCUCGGACAGCUUCGCAAAGAUUGGCGUAAAGGCCUGUGCAAGCCGAAGAAGCAGCAGAAACAAUUUGACGUGCUCGAAGAACUCUGGCGUAAUGUCGUUAAACCAAUCAUCGACGCACUGGAGUUCAAGGCACGCUUGUCUUCUCCUCCCUAG